UGAGGCAUGAGUCAAUCAGAUCGGAAUGCCACUCGUCAUGCUGGUGCUGGAGAGGAGCGAUGUCUCCCGGUCAAACACGGCGUGGCCGCUAAACGAUGCUACUGUUCAAACGGGUUGGUGGCGUGCACCUGGUAAUGGUAAAAGAGAAGAAGGACACACGGUUCUUGAUGCAUACAAAUCAAAAUAAAGAAUAUCAGCUAUUGACGAUCACCCAUGACUGCAUCUCUGCUGCAUGUGUGAGCUCAAGAACCGGGCCAGGAGCGACGCGAGGGAGGGAGGGAGCACCGUGAUCCUCACUCAGCCUCCCCUUCUGACCAGCGGCCAGUAGUGCAUCUCAUCAGAUCAGGGAACCAGAAGAUAAUAUAAGAUGGGGUGCGUGUCGUCCAAGAUCCUAGCGAAAUCAGGGAGCUUUCAGGAGAAGGUGAGCGGCCUGGGCCACGCCCACGGCUUCCAGAGGAGCAGCGCCAUCGAGGAGAUCAUCCUGUCCACCUCCAAGAGCAGCGGCGACCAGUUCAUGGCGCUCCUCCGCACAUCAUCCCGCGCCAGCUCGUCGUCGGCCGAGGCGCAUAGCCCCGCGCCGCCGCCGGCAGCUGCUGCUGCUGCCAGGAUCGAGACGGUCGACGUGGCCGAGCUGCUCGCCGGCCUGGAGGAAGGCAGCUGCGGAACGGCAGGCGAGGCUCAGGCUCCGUCGCGGCCCCGCGCGUCGGCCGGUAGGGCCAGGAGCUUCCGCACGGUGGAGGAGCUGGACGCGAUGCUGCUACUGACGCAACAUCAGCAGCAGCAGGAGGACGAGAAGCUUGCUACAGCCACGGAGGGGGCAGAGGCAGCACGCGUGUCGGAGGGCGCCAAGCGGAGUGGGCGCGCGCGGCAUCUUGGCGAGCUGCAAGUGCCGGCGGCGGCGGCGUUCGACUUCUCCAAGUCCGGGAGCCUGCGGGACUGGCUGCGGCAGGGCGGGCAGACCUUCUCGCCGGGCUCCUACGUCACGCCCAGGUUCGGAACGCCGGCGGCGGCUGAGCGCGGGGGAGGCGAGCAGCAGCAGCAGGAGGCGCUGCUGUUCGACCCGGAGCUGGUGGCGCAGUUGGAGCGCGCCAUGGAGCAGCUGUCGGAGGACAGGGGCCGCGUCCUGGACCAGAUCCUGGGCUGUAAGUGAAGGGGUCCACGUACGUACGUACGGCCCGCUAGAAAUGAGGGCGAACGGGCCGCGAAGCCGUCUCUCUCCUCUCGUGGAGGGAGGAGGCUGUUGGGCUGGGACUGAAGAUUUUGUGUGUUUAUUAGUUGGUCGUCGUUGUAUAGAUAGAUUAAAUAAAAAAUAAACAUAACAACAAGAUUAAUAAUAAUAAUAAUAAUAAUAAUAAUAAUAUUAGCAGUCGAGGGUAGUGUGUGUGACUGUUCACCCUCAUCGAUCA